UAAUAUAAAGUGCGAUAAAUGAAACAUCAGUGCCUAGAGCAAUUAGUAGUCAGAGGACACAAACGUGGUGCUGARUUAUAACGAAAGAUAAYCCAGGUUUUAUGGCCAAAUUGACCUGACUUUGUCAUCAAUUGAAGACGUGAUGGGCGCCAUUCUUUCUCAAAAUUCUACUCCGAAACUGAAAGGUGAAGGUUCCUCUCUCAUAGAAAUCCAAGAGCUACCUGACGAUGAACUUUCUAGAGAAGCAGAGGAUGUACUGAAAAUGAACGAAGUCCUUCGCUGUCCAACCGAUCCUGCAGCAAGACAAUUCGUCAAAACAUUUCAGCAACUUCAAAAACAGAAAGAACAAUUCCACAUUCAGCUUCACAAUGAAGUGAUUCAAUGGCGGCUCAUGUACCAACGAGGAAUAUCCAAUAAAUUUGAACGAAACAAAAAAGUUAACAUGCUGAUACAGGAGUUUGUUAAACUGCAUGAGCAACUUGAUGAAUUUCUUGAGCAAGAGCGAAGAAACUUGGAGCGAAUUCUCCCAAAACCACGAUAUUUUAUGCCCGCAGGAACUGACGCGGCGAAGAAAAAGUGURCCACUGAGCAUGGCGAAUGCAGCAAAAACCGGAAUACUAAAAAUAAMGAUGAGAGCCUGGAAUUGACACCUGAGGCCAUGCAGAGACUUGUUUGCUUUCAAAAAUGUAAUGAUCAACAUAUUCUCSUCCUGACGCAGGUUCUAUCAGAUAUAGAGGACUGCAAAAAAUUUGCAAAAGCACAGUCUAAACCUUCGGCCCCGACUGUACUUACAAAGCAAACGAGCUUGACGGAGUCCGCAGAGCUUUCUACAAAUUCUAGACCCGUUGCAAUUACAGUGUCUACAGAUUCGGAAGAGAAUUAAUAAGACUGUURACUGGAGGUUGAACCUUUGAGCGAAGUGAUAUAUAGAGAGUUUAGUUAGUCUCAUGACCAGUUCUUAUCAACCAAGAACUUAAACUGAACAAAAUAAAAGAGAAGGAAAUACAAAGCGGAAAAAAACGCGUAGCAAUUGCAUCACUGACUUAUGGAUGCAUGUGUUUAGAAUCAUAAGAGAGAAUCAAUGUAUCAUAAAUCUCAACGCGCGCAUACGUUGUCGCGGAUUUAUGUAGCCCGCAUUACAUCGUAUCAAGAGAGAAUACAGAGAACUAGAGGAUUCCGGAUUCCAAGCGCUGGAUUCCGGAUUCCGAAACAUUGGAUUCCGGAUUUCAAGCCUUGGGAUUCCGGAUUCCAAAGAAUUUUUGUUUUGGAUUCUGUAUAAUAAAUGGCCUGAUUUUCAGGGUUUUUUUCCUGAAAAUUUUAUAUUCAGCGUGUCAGUAGCCUGCGCAGGGGAGUCAGCGGGACGAUGUCCUAGGUGUUUUUUAGAUAUCAAAUUUUUUGCUGGAUUCCAUGGAUUCCAAAUAUUUGGAUUCCGGAUUCCAGGAUAGGGAUUCCGGAUUCCAAAGCUGUUUUUUUAGUGGAUUCCGGAUUCCRGAUUCUCUUACACGGGGCGAAAGAUUUCCGGACAAUAACCAGAUCAAAAUAUCGAUGGAAUAAUUAGCUGUACCUAGCAGUACGGUGACUCAGUCAUUAUUYAGCUGUCAGUAACAGUGCUACUAGAAUAUACAUCAUUGUAUAAAUAUAUCCCAAGAGCUGUACAGUCGUUUUCUCGAACUGCAAAUAUAAUAAAUAUCUAUGGAUUGGACA